AUGGGCGACGACGUCAUCGACACGCGCUGUUCCGGUUGUUGUUGUUGUCUCUCCAUCUGUCCGCCUCCUUCUUGUUCGCUCUCCGCGCGCGCGACUUGCGCGGAAAAAGCUUUCUUCGAAGAAGGUCUUCCAAAUCCUCCUCCUCCUCUCAAAAUCGAAUUGAAAGCGCUUUUGCCGCCGCACGUACGAGAAGACGACGAUCGAAACAACAACAAACCUCCUCCUCUUCCACCUUGUUCUGCCAUCUGGGACAGCGAGAACGGCGUGAGUAAAGAUCGAGUUAACGCCAUGAUUGUAGUAGUGUGUGUGUGUGUAUUAGGUGUUUGUUAG